UUCCUGGUUUUAAUAGCUUGUUCCGUUUUCUGCUGUUGCUGUUCUUCGUAUGGUUCUUCGACCGAAUCAGAAACUUCUGCUCGCUCUCACACAAAAGUUUGCAUCAAUUACAGGUUUUAUAAAUUUACUUUCUUUCCAUCGAAAGGGGAAACAGAUUUACGCGGUCGUGGUACGUUCACGGGUCUCUUUUCUAGAGGUGGACAGAAUGGACAAAGCUGAAGUGUUGGCUCGCAUCCUGCAGUCAGAGGACACCUCAACGGUUCUUGGUGGACAAUGUCCUGCCAGCGUCAUUAAAAGCCGGAAGUGUGUCCCUGUCACCGCUAAAGCUCAGGGUGGUGAGCUGGGCUUCCUAGAUGAGGCCAUCCGGACUGCCCUGACUGGUCAAACCAGAAAUGUUGUAUUGGUUGGUUCUGAAGGAGUGGGGAAAACCACAGCUCUGCACAAACUUGUUGCAGACUGGGCUAAAGGAGACUGCCUUCAAAACUUUGCACAUGUUUUUCAUUUCCAGUUCAGACGCAUGGGGUCUAUAGCAGAUGAGCUCUGUUUGGAAACUUUAAUCCAAAAAAGCCUCCAUCAAAUCCCAGCAGAGUCUGCUGGUUUGGUUACAGAGAAGCCUGAUGCUGUGUUGUUUGUUUUGGAUGGUCUGGAUGAGCACAAGCACAGCCUGGACCCCUCGGCCCACAGCCUGACCUCUGACCCCACACAGCCGGUGUCCGUGUCCUGUCUGUUGGCCAGUCUGCUCCACGGAUCCCUGUUGAAGGGAGCCGCCUUUCUGGUGGCAAGCAGGCCCACGGCUAACCUGAAGUUCCUCAAAGGGACUCAGGUGGAGGUGUUGGGCUUUCAGAAGCCCCAGAGAGAGCUCUACUUCAACACCUUCUUUACUGAACCCGCUGCAGCCAACAGAGCAUUGGAGCACAUGGAAACAACUCUGGGCUUUUAUGAUUUCUGUGCUUCCCCCAGGUUUUGCUGGACAGUCUGCUCUAUUUACAAGUGCCUCAUUUAUUCAGCUGCCAAACUUCCCGAAACAUUAUCUCAGCUGUUUAUAGAUAUCCUGGUGCACCUGAUUCAGAGUCUUUCCCUUACCAAGGCCUGCAGUAGAGGGUUAUUGUUAGCCCUCGGUAAAAUGGCCUCUCACUGCCUCCAUGACCCACAUGCAUGCUGUUCUAAAGACAUUCUUGAUUCCUGUGGGUUUCAGCAGCAGCUUACCGCCUUGGGAAGUUUCUUAAAAGUGCAUGAUGAAAAGGAGUUCUCCUUCCACUCCCAACUGAUGCAGGAGUUUGUCUUGGCUGUGGCUUUCUUUCUCGAUGCGUCAACCUAUGAAGACGUAGAGAAAAUGCUGGGAAAUCACAAAGGUUGUACAAAGUUACUAGAUUUCUUUAUGUCAGGGCUCUCUGAGCCUGUCCAGUACAGAUCGCUGGAGGAGUUGCUGGGGAUAUUCAGCAGUGAUCAAAUUAAAGGUUUUAAAAGCUGGUUUAAAAGCAGCUCAGAGAAAAAACUGAAGGAUUACAACAAAUCUGAGCACUACAGAUGUUUCCAUUUACUGCAUCAGGUGCAAAAUGAGAGCCUGGUAAAGGAGAUCCUCACCCCUCCCGCACACCCGUGCAUCUUUCACGAAAACCUGAGCCUCGCCGACUGUGCAGCUCUGAAUUACGUCAUCACAUGUCUGGGAGAAAGGGAAAAAUUAAGUUUGUCCAGAACUACAAUAUCAAAAGAGAUUAUGGAGGUGUUGCUUCCAUCUGUGAGGCUGUCGCACACUGUGAUAUUGUCAAACUGCUCCAUCCAUAUAGAAUCCAUCCCUCUACUGGCUUCAGCUGUCUGCAUGGGAGCCACCAGGGAGCUGGUUCUCUCUCACUCCAACCUCAGAGAUGAAAAGGCUCAAGUCCUCUUUACAGGACUAAGACGAGCCAAACUGCACAGACUAAACCUUAAUGUCUGUGAACUGACUGCGUCCUGCUGUGGUGACCUGGUGUCUAUGCUGACUUCAGAAACCUCCCAGCUCCAGAUUUUAGAGCUGAUGUUUAAUCCGAUCUCCGACCAGGGCUUCAUGACACUGUGUGAAGCAAUGCAUAGUCCAAACUGCAGACUGCAGGAGCUCCAGCUUGGAAAUUGUGACUUGACUGAAGCAUCCAUGGAGGCUUUCGCAGCUGCUUUGUGUUCUGGUGAAUCCCGACUGAGAAAAAUCGACUUAAAGGAUAACGAGAUUGGUGACAGAGGAGUUGAAGCUCUUUGCAAAGCCCUGCAGCAGCCAAAUGGUAAACUGCAGAGCCUCGGGUUGUUCGAUACCUGUUUAACAGGGGUGUGCUGCUCCCAUCUGAUGAAGGUCCUCAUGUCUGAACACUGCUCUCUGUCAGAGCUUGAUCUGUCAUUGAACGAUUUGGGACAGGAGGGGGCGCUGCUGCUUUGCCAAGGCGUAAACAGACCCAACUGCCCCAUAGAAAUCCUUGGCUUGACGCGGUGCAAGUUAACCCAAACGGUCUUCCAGGAACUGGGAUCGGUGCUUAAAAAUGGAACAUGCCAAAUCAAAUCUCUGCUUCUAGCCAUCAAUAAGGUGGGAGACCAGGGGGUUAAAUAUAUUCUGGAGGCUGUUGCUCAUCCAAGCUGCUUGCUGGAGGAGCUGAGUUUGGAGAUGACUACUUUGACGGAUGCCUGCGUAGAAGACCUGUGUGCUGCUCUCAGAGCCAAUAAUACCCUGAAGCUCCUAGAGCUGAGAAACAACUCUCUCACCGACGCUGCCGCCCCUCCCAUCGUCCAAGUUAUGAAGGAAAAACACAACAUGAAGGAAUUAAACCUGAAGUAUAACGACUUCAGUGAAGAUGCUCUUUUAAUUCUGGAUGAAUGCCCCAACAUAAGAUAUUGAGGAGAUCACUUUUCAAGGAUUCAGGAAAACGACCAAACUGAGAAAAAAGCAGCAGCUUUUUCAAAUGUAAAAAGAAAUUGCCCCCUAAACAUAAUAACUGGCUGCCCAUCUCUUGGCAUCAACGACUUUCAUUAAUCAUUUCCAGUAUUUGGCAAUGAUCCUAUGGCUGGGGGAGGGAUGUGUCCCGCUCUGGUCAGUUUGACACCAGAUGUAAAAUAUUCACACUUUCUAAAAUCGUAUUAUUCCACAGAAUAUAUUCCCAAAGCUCACAUUUUUAUAGAAAAUUUGAACUCGUGUUA